AAGUAACCCGCCACGCUUCCAUUUCGAUCAUCACUUCCAGCGGUAAAAACGGGUCGUUUAUACUCAAGUUCAAGACCUCAUUUGUACGGUUGAACAGUAUUCAUGACUUUCAACUUCCUUGAUAUGGUCGAGCAAAAAUGUAUGAGUGUCAUGGAUUCAAAAUUACAUCUUUCUUUUACCUAUUCGUACAUUUAAACUGAGUUAUUCGGGGACAUGAGGCAUGAGUUCGACUACGUGGAAACCAAAUCCGAACGCGAAGCCUUUCACACCGGCAUCGGCGUUUUUUAGCGUUCCAGUUCCAUGCAAGAAGACUCCUAUUCGCAUACGAAAGAAAGGGAUAUUUAGUAGAAUCAUUCAAUGGAUUUUAGUUGUGGUUCUUUGCGUGACAGUGAUCAUUAAUUUGAUAUUUAUUUGGGAUACUACGAGGAAAUAUAGAACUGAGAAAAAUUCUGUCCAAACAGCUCCGGGGAAAAUAAAUGAGUUGAACCUCAGAGAAAAUCCAGGUAAGCAAUGUGUUAUCUUUUUAAAACGAUCGCUUUUAUCCUUUAAAAUCUCUGCUCUUUUAAGUUUUCGUCGAGACAGUGGCUUGGAUGGCAAUUUUUACAUUUUUAAAAAUGUAAACAAUGGUAUUUUCUUAUUUUUAGUUGUGAUGUUAAUGAGAGAGUAACACACCUUUAUUUCGAACUUUGGCCAUUUUUUCGAGAAUCAGUAUUGUGACAGAUAAUUACAUAAUUGAUAUGAGAAAUAAAAUUGAGAGAAGUAGUUAAAUUGUGAUAAGACAAUGUCGAUUUGAUAUGUUUAAGUAGUAGAUUUUUUUUAGGGGGGAGGGGGUAUGGGUGAUUUGGUUUGGGUAAGAAAUUUUUUCCCAAAACCUCUGGAGGAAGAAUUUUUUUCCCCGACACAUAACAGUAAAAGAUUUUUUUUCCAGUAUUUUACAGUAAGAGAUAUUUCUUUUCAAGGUUUUUUUAUUUAUCCCCUUGAAAUCAGUCUGCAAUCUAUUUUUUCUGAAAUCACCCAUACCCACCUUAAAAGUCAAAUGGUUGACCCCUAUGCUGAAAUGAUCAGUAAAACAUCUGGGUUGUUAAUGUUGUGUUUUUUUUGGGGGGGGGAGAGCAGUGCAGAGUGGGGGGAAUGGACUACUUGAGGGUUUUCCUUAAUACAUACAUUAUAAGCUAACAUUCAACAAGUUGAAGGCAAAUUAUAUCAGAUAUUACAAUAUUAUGUACUGCUAUGUUUGUAUUUAUUAUUAAUCAGAUAUCAUGAUAUUAUAUACGAUGUAAAGUGCUUAGGACAGUGAUGUAGAAGUGCGAUAAAAAUAAUAAAUUAUUAUUAUCAUUAUUGGAUAUUACAGCUGAGACAGGGCUUCACCCCUCAUCAGCUACAUAUACAGUAUUUGCCGAUGAAUAUUUUUAGCAUUCUAACCCAUUAUUGGGAUGUUGUGUGGACAGACUUUUGCGUUUUAGCCCAAAAAGUUCCAUAAUGAUCACAUAAAUCUGUCCAGAAUCUGGUGUGGACAUUUAAUUCAUCAACAUAGUUAUAUAUUAUACUCUUUUUAUUGCCAGAGUAAAAUGUACAAGGUGUUGAAAUUAUGUUACAAGAAACACUCAUUUCCUAGAAAUAUUUUUGCUUUGCACAAAAAUUGACAAACAAAAAGUUUAACAAAUGACCACCAGAUUAUUAUAUAAACACUGAUUUAUGUCACCACCAUGGAUUUUUUUAGGCCAAAAUUCAGACUUCCCUCGCAAAAUGUUUCACUAUGGAGAGAGAUACAGGCGGCUGUUUCUAACUGUUUAUAAAAAUCUCAAGUGUGCCUUCUUCUUGUUUUAAGAAAAAACCUGCUUGCACAAUAUUCUGUGCAAGUAUACACUGCAAUUCUGGGUGCUCGUGGCCAAACCUAAAGACCAGUCAUUUCUUUAUCCACGGUUAAUACCUCUGAAAUUUUUUGUCUUUGUCAGGUCCUCAAGUUGAGGGUCGUAGAAUUACCAUUGAAGUUCAAUCAAGUAAGGAUGUUGCCUCGGUCACAGUCGAUGGAACAAAGGUAUGUAGGGUGUAUAUGAAUAAUUCUUCCCUAAUAUACUUAUGAUAAUCAAAUCUUGCAUACUCUGUUUGCUGCCCCUUUAAUCUUAAAGUCGCUGGGAUCAAAAGUCAGGUCUCUUUGUCGUGUUAAUUCUAGAAAGAUUGCUUUAACCCUUUAAGUCUCAAUGGUGACCAACAUCAAUUUUCUCCUAACAAUAUCCAUACAUUGUCAAGAGAUUAGGUUAUGAGAAUUAAUAAAAUGAUCACUGGAGAGAAAAUGCCUUGAUCUUCUAUCAAAUUCUCUCUACUCAUUCUGUUUGGAAAUGUACACAGAUCAGUUUGGAGAAUUUGUAUGUGGAUAUUGGGUCUUAAAGGGUUAAUAAUGUUACCCACAUGUCAAUAAUAAGCACAAGGCUUUACUCUAGCAGCGCCCAGUUGCCCCUGGUGCCUAAAUUUUUUUCUCCCAUCCAAUAAUUAGAAAAUCCAUGUUUCUCAAAUAAAUAAUUUGCUGGGUGCCCUGGAUUUUGCAGGUUCAGAGCACUGAGGUCCCUUCGAUUUUUCUUAGCCAUGAAUUAGCUCUUUUACUGCACACAUAAUCGUCAUCUUCCUAUCUUCAUUACCAUUUAAUUUACACUGCUUGUUAAAAUUAUCUUAAUUUCUGUUUUAAGGUGUUGGAAGGCACAGAUGAGCAAGCGAGGGGUGUGAAUGUCGCAGUACUCAAUCAAAUGACAGGUGCUGUUAUGGCAACAAGAGCAUUUGACACCUUUGCUAGCAAAGAGGAUUCUGAUGCUUUAGUCUUAUUUAUCAAUAUGGUUUCUGAUGGAAGAAUUUUAUGUUUUGCAAUACGAGUGAGUUCUUUGUAUUCAUCAUACAACCCCAGGGUGCUGGUCGCUUAUUACCUGUGAGGGGGGCAGCCAUUUGGCUAUUUAGGGUGCACCAUAGCCUCCCUGCAGACGUCCUUUGGGGUUCGUUCGUCACGCAUUCAUUUCUCCCCCACAAAAAAAAUGAAAGCAUGACGAACGAACCCCAAAGGACGUAUGUGGGAAGGCUAGGUGCACCUAAACCUCUGUCCGAUUGUCCGGGACAGGUAGAAAUUUAGUUCGGAUAUGCGAACCUUUGACAUGACUUGUCCGUGGGACAAGCACAUUUUUAAUUAGAAAAAAUAAAGAAACAGUUGAAAAGUGACUUCAAAUUACAGUAGAAUUUUUUUAACUUUGCUAUACUGGGGCCAUUUCAUUUGUUUUUGUGAGCUCCACUUGGCUUAGGAACCCGGCAAAACUUUUUGGUCAAGAACUCUUGGAUUUUGGACAACCAAAUUUAAUAUAGUGCUUGCCAAGGGAUAAGUGAAUAGGAAAAUUUUUUUCUUACUAUGUAGGGGGUUAUUUUCAAAUUCUUGAUUGGGGUCAUUGUCAGAUAUGAAAGCGUUAGCCGGGGGGGAAGGUCAUUUUAAUAAAUUUUAAGGAAAGUAGGACCACCAAGUAGUACAAGGCAGUAAUGAAGGUGAAUUAAAAUUGAAUGUAACAGCCAUAAAUAGUAAAUGCUGAUCAUUGUUACAUGUAUGAACACAACUUUAGAUAAAGUAUGUAGUGAACUAAGGCACGAUUUGUAGUUAGAGUAUUUGUAGUUUCCAGAGCAAUGGGAUGGGUGGGAAGGGGGGGCGGUGGGAUAUGCAAAAUUUAGGGGGGUCAUUUCCAAAAAGUUUGGUUGAAGUGAGGGUCAGUAUGAAAAUCUUCUAAGCUUUCUCAAAAUGGCCACCUUCCUCUCCCCCCCCCCCCAACAGGUAAUAAAUGACCAGCCCCUAACAGCAUUUGUAUUAUAGUACAGCCAACUUUGUCUUAAUAUUUUCUGGAACCGUACAUUGUUUUGUUUAGGAUGAAGGAACCUACCAGCUAAAGAAGACAGCACGAAAUCUUAUGAGCACACUUGGUAGUGAAAACUUUAAGAACAUCAACUUUAGAGAUACAUGGGCCUUUGUGGUGCAGAAACGAGGGCCUGUUAGUGCAGAGGGCCACCGAAAGGCACCCAAUUUUGACUCUUGGGGAGAGCCCCUAACUAUCCAGGCCCUAGUGACAUUACAAUCAGAGGACACUGGGUCUUGUUCGUGGGAGGAAAGUGAUGCAACAAGAAGAAGGAAGGAGUUUUGUGAGAAGUUUGAAGGCUAUGGGAGUGUAUGCAGUUGUAAGUCAGUUUGUUGAUUGCUAAUUAGAGAGGGGAGGGGGGAGGGGAAAGUAUAGUGAUAGGGUAUGGGGAGUACACUGAAAACUUUUUGUACAGUUUGGGGCUUGCUUGUUAAGGAUUUUCUUGGCUCACAGUAUUUUUCCACGAGUCCUGAGAUGGUAAAAUUGGAUUUGGCCAGCUAGUAAGAAUUUGUCAUGGCAGUAGGAACCACCAAUCACUGGACCCUUGUUGUUUAGAGCGGUUUUCACUUGACUGUCGUAAAACCAAAACCAAAGUAAAUACACUAGCCAACCAAAGGGCGUAGUAAAACCAAAACCAAAACCAAAACCAAUCCCUUUCGACAGUCAAGUGAAAACCGCUCUAACGUUAGUAAGAACAGGCACAUGUUCGUCUUUCAUUUCCUGAAGAGUAAAAGAAAAGCAAAAAUGAAGGGUUCCUUCUCAGUUCUAACAAAUACAUGUACAUGUAAGGAUCAAUUCAAAAGUCAACAUCUGCUUACUUACCCUUCUUGUGGUUCAUAAUAAAAUUACAAGGGGGGAGCAUCGCAGCAACGGCAUAGGUGCUGGCUCUUCCAGAACUCGCACAAGUGAGCCUGUUUGCAGGCUAAACAAUAAUUGCACAAAUUUCUUAUAGUUACAAAGCUAUCAAAAAGCACUGUGUUAUCACGAAGUUGAAAUAGGUAAAUAGGUAAAUAGGUUGUAGGUUGUGACCUUCCCUUGUCUUUUUACCCGCCCGCAAAUUAUACUUGGUUAUAUUUGCAAAGUUUUAUAUUUGAAUCACGAAGUGCAGCCUCCCUGUGAGCAAGCUUUUCAGUUAUGGAUAGCGAAGGAAACUGGAAGACAUACAUGGUGCCCGGCCCUCUCCCUGCCCCUCGCACUGUCGUCUCCUUUCAUGUGCGGUUCUUGUUUGACUUGUCGAGACUCCUCCAAAUGAAGAACUUGCUCACAGGCUACACCGAGUGGAAAGUCAGUGAAAAAAAUUCUUGGUUUGCAACAACGUGACAAGGUAGCCACCUUGGAAGUCAAUACAAAGGAAUUUUUUCUUGAAGAAGUUACAUGAAAGAAGACUAGUUCCCAAAGGAGAGAAAUGUUUUGUUCUUGAUCACCAAAUAUAUGGCCGCCUUGACAUCAUGUGCAAACCAGCAAUAUUUUGCCACUUGAAUUGUAUUUCAGGUUCAAACCCAGCACCAUUGGAUAUCAAAACAGACCCCUUGCCAAAUGGUGAAAAAAUCACACUCCCAGUGGCCAUUAUUGCCAGCAACAGGCCGAACUAUUUGUAUCGUAUGCUUCGCUCUGUUCUGGCUGCACAGGGCGCAGAUCCAAGUAAAAUAACCGUGUUUAUUGAUGGAUAUUUUGAAGAGCCUUUGGCUGUUGCUCGAUUGUUUGGCAUCAGGGGAAUUCAACACACGCCUAUUAGUAGCAAGAAUGCCAGAAUCUCACAGGUGAGAUCUGUUUACAUGUAAUUCUUCACAUCAUUCGAAAGCCGAAUUCAAUACUGUUUUAUUAUUCAUUCAAAGUAUUUUUAAGCUCUUGAAAAGCUUGCUUUUGCGUAGACUUUUCUCAAAACUUUGACCUAUUUCUCUACAUGGUUUCAGGAUAUAAUCAGAUGUGUUUCCUGGCAGAUACUCCUCAAAAAAUCGAUAGCAUCCAUCGAGCGAUAUGUUUUGCGUAUUCUUGCAUUUCUUUCGUUGGUCAGAAAUUCGGCUAUUUCGACUUCGGAUAGCCGCGAACGGCAGUUUCUUUUUUAGUUCACUCAGGAAUUAACAGCUAGGUUGCCGCCGAGGUUGAACGAUGGUAUAUCUUAAUUUAUACCAUCGAAUCGAUUGUAUAUUAUUGCUCGCAUCUUCCAAAUAUGGUACGCGUCAGUUGGUUAUGAAGAUUUAGCCGAGGGAUUGGAGCCAAUCAGAAACGGCGAAAUAUUUUGAAUGAAUAAUAAAACUGAGGUAUUUGAAAGGGAAGGAAAGGGGAUUUCGGAACCCACCCUUCUGUCUCACGUGCGCUCGAGCGUACAGUACAGGUUCUGGAAGGGUAUUUUCGGGAUCCGCUAUUUGACCCGAAAUAUGGUGCGGGUUUCGGGAAAACGGAAAAUUUAUUUACGGGAUACGGUAUUUGACUGCGGGAUUCGCCAAAAUCUUGGCACGGGAUGCGGUAUUCUUUUAGUGAAAAAGUUGUGGGAAUGCGGGAUUAGGAUAGUACCCUCCCGCGCAACGUUCCUUGAUAGUCGGUCUUGGAGCUACUUAAGUUUGUCUGAGUGGAAGGUUAAUCCCAAAGCAAUCUCGUCGUUUAGGAAGUGAAUUCACAACUAGAGAGAGCUUUAGAUUCUGAGACGAGGACGACUAUGAGUAGGAUAUUUUCUCAAUUCUAAGUGGUGCUCACGCGGGAACCAGCGUCAUUUUGGCGGGAAAACUGGACAGCCGUCGUCAAUCUAAUACGAGUUUUAGCGAGAAAUGUCGUAGGUUGCGGGAGCAAGUUAUCAAAUGUAAGAAGUUUUAUCAUUUUGCAAUCGGAAGAGGGCUUAACAUCCUGCAAUAAAGAUAACAGUGCUAACUUUUGCCGUGAAUCAAAAGUUCAAUGAAGCUUUCUGGAGAGUAUAUUUUUUGAGAGUACGCGAUAACAAUUUCAGUCAAAUCUCGUACUCGUAGAAUUCUUGUUCUCGAAUCUAAAGCACUCUAUGACUCUUGCAAGAAAGUGAAGUUUGUUCGCGCUGUUUUACACGAGAAAUAGCUUUGCCGUGAAUCAAAAGUUCAAUGACGCUUUCUGGCGAGUAUAUUUUUUGCGAGUAUGCGAUAACAAUUUCAAUCAAAUCUCGUACUCGUAGAAUUCUUGUUCUCGAAUCUGAAGCGCUCUAUGACUCUUGCAAGAAAGUGAAGUUUGUUCGCGCUGUUUUACACGGGAAAUAGAAUUAAUCAGCUGAGCAAGAGAGAUUUUGAUGUUAUUUUGUAACUCUUCAACAGCAUUACAAGGCGAGCUUAACUACAACAUUCAACCUGUAUCCAGAUGCAAAAUUCAUGAUCAUAUUGGAGGAAGAUCUGGAUGUUUCUCCAGAUAUAUUCUGGUAUUUCUACCAGUUAUUGCCAGUUCUUGAAGAGGAUCAAAGUCUAUAUUGUGUCUCAGCAUGGAAUGACCAGGUGAGUUAUAGAUUAUUUUAAGGGGGAUAUGUCACGAUGAUUGCUGUCAAUUUACGUCAAAUCUGCACUGAAGUCAGCGCGAAGUUCAGAUGGUGGGGAGCGAGUUAAAUCAUACGCGCGGAAAACGAGAGGCUUUCCCCGUCAAUUCUUCGCCCGCGCUCUACUAACAGAACGCCUGGAACUGGCUAAUUUUAGUCAGUUUGGUUAGUGAAUGAAAACUGUUUCUCAUUUUCGGGAUUUUUUCAUCAUGUUAUCUAUACAGCCUAGCUUUCGAAUACAGCCCUGCUACCGCUAAGGAGCGAGUAGCUGAGGAAGGACGGCUGUAUUCACAGGCCAUAUAAAGAGUUUCCCAUCAAAAAUAUAACAUGCUCUUUCUUUAGGGUUAUGAACACACAGUCGGUGACCCGGCCAUGUUGUAUCGAAUAGAAACCAUGCCUGGACUUGGUUGGUGAGUUUGUUUAUUUAAUUCUUUUCAUAUUAGCUGGCAAAUGUCUGAUGUGUCGUCUCUCUCACUUGUCUUUCACACAGUCAGUCAAAGCGUCGACGUAACGGAGGUUUAAUUUAUUUGGUUUCAAAAGUGAAGUCUCUUUAAGUAGAGUUGUCACAAGUCGGUUUCGCGAGUUUCACCACAGAAAAAGCCAUAAAGUGAGCAGAGCGAGGUUUUCUGCCCGCGUAGUGGCCUAGCGAGCGGUAAAGUAGGACGAAGGACGUUUUCGAAAGUCUUGCUUUUGAAGAAACGUUUAAGGAUAAAUGAGACCGUUUAAUGUUUGCGCUCCUACAAGCGCUCAGUGCAUCUAGAUCAGUAGCUCGACAACUCAACCCUACUCUUCCUGCAAGAACAGAGUCUUGAAGGCGCGUCUAAGAAUGGGUACAUGGGAGCAUAUACACCAGUAUAGCGACCGUAUCUUCCUAACCAUCGGAACGAGUGGGAAAGUUUAAGUAUAGGGCAAAAAGUAAUGAGACCCUGUUCCAACCAACAGCGUAUACUGUAGUUAUGACCUUUACUUUGCGCGAAUCUAUGUAUGAUCGUAACUUUCAAUUGCCCUAUUACUAGUAACUCCGUCAAACAACAUGUGACAACGGAUGCGUGCACGAAACGUCGUCCUAUACUCAGCUGACAGAACCACAUUUUCAGGGCUCUCGCGACGUCCAGACCUGGCUUAUAGGCAAAACUAUCAUCCUGUCCCGCUUAAAAUAAUUUAAAUGUGCUGCAAUGCGUACGCAUUGCGUACCUUUUUUCUGAAGGAUCCUUAAACGAAAGAUGUACAAAGAGGAGCUGGAACCAAAAUGGCCGACCCCGGACAAGUUCUGGGACUGGGAUAUGUGGAUGCGGCUUCCGGAAAACAGACUAGACAGGGAGUGUAUAAUACCCGAUAUCUCCCGGACGUAUCACUUCGGGUCGAAAGGACUUAAUAUGCAUCCAUAUUUCCAAGAAGUGUAUUUCAAGAAGCAUGCGCUCAACACAGAGCUCAACGUUCGUUUUGACGUGGAAAAAGUCAAGAAGGAUAACUAUGAGAAAGAAAUUGAGCGUCUGUUGAGGUAUUUAUAACGUUGAAGAUAUUUCUCUCUCUGAUUUUUCUUACUGAUAUAAGGGAGUUUAGGAUGCCAGAACGGCGACAGCAACAAGAACGUCGAAUAAUGCAUUGGGUUGAACAAGCAAAACAACAACUCUGCACGUGCAGCACAAUUUCUUAGGACAUUUCUUUGCCGUCACAGCACCGCUACGACGUGAAAACGCCUGAUUUCACGUUUUAUGGAGGACCUCAACUAGUAACAGAGUUUUGAAGGAGCUUAAAAUAGUGAUAGUCUGUCCCCUUAGAAUUUUUAACUGAAAUACGUUGAUGACGUAGAAACAGCAGUCGCCUUCCCAGGAUUCUUUUCUUCUCGUCCUUGAAAUGUGGGAAAGAGAGAACCCUGGGAGCGAUGUUGUAGAAACAGCUGUUGAUAGGCCAUUUCCGAGUUCCCUUAGGAGGACAAAGAAAGCUCCUCCACUGUCUUCAUUUCUUUAUGUCAAUUUUUAUUUUUCAUGCUUAAUUCCUCUUUUGUGUUGUUUGCAGCUCCUCGAAAACUUUAGACCAUUCCAAAAAUCUCUGUGAUAACGAGGACUUUGUUCCUGGCGAAAAGGGACAAAACUUUGUAUUUUACAUCAAAAUGGAGCAUCCAACAGACUGGGUUACGUGGAAGGCAAUUGCUAAAUGUCUUAAGAUUUGGGAUUUAGAUGUACGAGGAUUUCACAAGAGUAUGUGGCGGCUUUGGAUCAAAGGAAGUCAUGUUCUCAUUGUGGGUUGCCCAGCUUCUCCAUAUUGUAAUCAUAAACCCGCCGAAGUGACACCUAUUUUUAUCCCAAAGAAGGAAAAUGAGCAGUCAUGAAGCGAUUUUAGUAACAACGUUGUUAAAAAAAUAUUCUUAUGUUUUUCUUAUUUAAUUCCCAUUAUUAUCACUACUGGCAGCCAAAUGACAAACUGUACUCAGUAAAACGCUCCUUUUCGCGGGCCAAACGGCAAAGUACAGUGAAAUUUGCAGCCCGCAACAUGUUAAACAAUCUUUCCUAAUGAAAUAAAUUUGUACGAUUUGGCCUCGUGUAUUGAUAAUGAUGAUAAUCACGUGACUUUUGUCGGGCAUAUAGUUUAUUUGUGUCCCUUAUAGCAUCAUUUGAACUCUCGCUCCGCUCGGGUGCAAAUGAUGCUACUUCGGGGCCACAAAUAAACUAUGGGCCCUCCAAAAGUCAUGUGAUUUUCCUAUGAGUAGCUCUUACCUUUCUUGGCGAAUAUCUUCUUUGCAGCUCGGGGUCACUUCGCCUAUCUCAUACCAAAAUUAUAGGAUACAUCUCUAAAAAUACCAAAUAUUGAAAUAGUAUAAAACAAUUAGUGGGUCUGUCAUUUUGUAGCUUUUAAACUCUUAACAUUGCCAUUUUAUGGUGGUUUGAAUAACGGAGAAAAUACCGUGU